AAGUGGGUAUUGCUUGAGAAGCAGCAAAAUCAAAAAACAUGGGGUCUCCAAUGGCCUCUUUCAUUGCCACCCUUUUAGUGGUAUCUGUCUCUCUACUCUUGCCAUCGGAAACCUCAGCAGACUACCCUUACUACUCUCCACCUCCCAAGAAAUCUCCACCACCACCUGUUCACUAUCCACCUUACCACUACAAAUCUCCUCCACCCCCUCCUCCAGUUUACUCUCCUCCACCACCCAAGAAACCUUACAAGUACAAGUCCCCUCCACCUCCUCCACCAGUUUACAAGUACAAAUCUCCUCCACCCCCACCACCCAAGAAACACUAUAAGUACAAGUCCCCUCCACCUCCUCCACCAGUUUACAAAUAUAAAUCUCCUCCACCACCCCAUAAGCCUUACAAGUACAAGUCUCCCCCACCACCUCCUCCGGUCUAUAAGUACAAGUCUCCACCCCCACCACCCCCAGUGCACAAGCCACCACCCUACAAGUACAAGUCUCCACCCCCACCACCCCCAGUGCACAAGCCACCACCCUACAAGUACAAGUCUCCCCCACCACCUCCUCCAGUCUAUAAGUACAAGUCUCCUCCGCCACCUCCGCCAGUCUACAAAUAUAAGUCUCCACCACCACCAAAAAAACCCUACAAGUACAAGUCUCCCCCACCACCUCCUCCAGUCUACAAAUAUAAGUCUCCGCCACCACCCCCACCAAAGAAGCCUUACAAGUAUAAGUCUCCUCCACCACCUCCUUACAAGUAUAAGUCUCCUCCACCACCACCACCAGUCCACAAGCCACCACCACACUACCCCUAUGCAUCUCCACCUCCUCCCCACCACUACUAGACUAUGCACGCAGUUUCAUACAUAUUUUCAAGUGUUUAAUUUAGGAAACGGAGCAAUGACAGAAAUCCAAUGGAUUCUUGCAGGGAAGGAAUGCGACAAUAAAGAAAGAGAUUGAAGAGAAAGAAAGCGAGUUUCCGCGAUUGUUGUAGGAUAUUCUCUCUCUUUUUAGAAGAAGGAAUAAAGGCGUGCAUGUUUUAGGAUAAAAGUGUGCAAUCAUUUCAUGUAUUGGAUAAAUUGUAGCUACUGGUCCUGUUGAAAACAAUUUAUAUUAUAUUUGUACUUUUCAAUCUGUUAUCAAAUGAAGGGUUUGUUAUAUUUGCCAAAAUAAAAUACAUUUCUUUAAAUUAA